CGCCUGCGCAGCGCUGCACUUUUGAAUGCAUUUUACCUGCUCGCUGGGUGGGUCUCGUUUUCGUUGCACCGGCGCGUGGGCUUUCCUCUGCCCGCCGCUGCAUCGCUAACCUGCACCGCGUUUUCACCCCGGGCUCCUUUUCCGCCAGCACACGUGCACCGUUUUUGCAAAAUGCAGCAGGGGUCCCAGGACGGAGCAGGCACGGGGGCUCAGAUGCCAAGGAGCCAGUUUUUAAACUGCUCGUCCUAAACUGCCACCGCUUGCACUUUUGACUUCCUCUCUGACUCUGCGCUUCUGCUGCGCUUGGUGAUCCAGCUGAAGGCUCGGGCCCCCCACCCCCCGCAGGACAGAGGAGAAUGUGCAGCAACUGGGGGCAGAGAGGAUUUCUGUUGGCUUGAAAAGAAGCUGUUUUCACCAUGCUUUAGGGUCCUGUAAUGGCAGAAGAUGGGCCUGCAGGCAAGAAAAGGCCCAGGAGAAGCUUAUCCCUCAGUAACAACAAUAAAAAAACUGCAAGAAAAAAUGUUUUGGAAACCAAAGAGCGGCCGUCUUUAGCUCCAGACUCUCCCUCUAUUGUUUCCUUUUUUAACAAUGCUCCCCCCACCAGAAUUGCCUGCCCUUUAUGUGGACAGAUGGUACCAAGAUACGGAAUCAACCAGCAUAUUGACGAAGGGUGCAGAAAUGACCAGAACGGGGAGGACGUGACUCUGAUUGGCUCAGCAUCGGAGGUCACCCCUGGACCGUCCGCUGAAACUGAGGCUGGGGGUUGGAGUCCAUAUUUUGCAAGCCAGAGCUCCACUCCAGAGAAGAAUCGUGGCCUUUCAGGAGAAGACAGCCUUGGCACAAAAGGAGGGGCGGGAGAACGGACGAGUCCUUAUUUCAAGAAGGUUGGAAAACUAGCGCUGCUCGAUGAUCAACCUAGGGUUUGUGCCAUUAAGAAUCUCUCCCUGUCGACCAGGCUGUCCCGGAGGUUGCGUGCUCACAGCGAUGAUGGGUUGACUCAAGAUGACCAGCCCUGUGCAACUCAGGUUGGCACCCCAGAGCAGAAACCUGCCGCUUUGGGUGAAGGCCCCCUGAAAGAGAACCAAUCACCCCCACCAAGAUUUCAGAGAUGUCCCGGUGCUUUGGAGGGUUUCAGUAAGGAGUGUGCAAUCCCAAGCGCAGGGCAAGAAGAUGACUCAGGACCUCUCUCUGAUGGUUUGGAGGAGUCUGAUCUGGGGUCAUGUUCUCUAGGGAGCAGUGAACUUGGGCCGUCAAGAAAAGGCCAUUGGCAGCUAAAUAACCCCCAGGAAAAUCCAGAUGUUCCCCAAUGUGGAGCUGUGAAGGAACAGUGGACAGUAGCUUAUGCUAAAGAAGAGCUGUCUGAGUUGGAAUCCCGCUAUUUUUCCUCCAACGAGCCGGAUCCAGCGACAGAAGAAGCCCGUCACAAUCCGACGCAGAAGUUCUCCUUUUCCACAGGAGAUGCUGGGGAACUGCUUCCUAUGGAAGAUGCAGGAACUGAAGUCGAGGAUGAGGCGUGUUUGGCUGCUUUAGAAGAAGCAAGUUUACCUAGUUCGAGUGGGAGCACCGGGCCUGCAGUGGACUCAGCCGGGCACCCCUAUUAUCUUCGAAAUUUUCUGAUGGUCCUCGAGGCUGUCCUGGAGAACGAUGAUGACCGGAGACUGUUCAGUGAGGAAGAUUUGGAGGUCAUUGCUCAGUUCUACAAGCUUUCAGCCAGCGGACAGAAACUCUACGUUAGGCUUUUCCAGCGUAAGCUGGCCUGGAUAAAAACAGACAAAAUAGAAUAUGCGAAGAUCAGCUCGGAUCUUUCGCCGGUCAUCCAAGAGCUUGUCGGAGCAGGACUCCUGCAGUCAGAGGCAGAAUUGCAAAACCUGCCUGAAGUCCUCAACUUACUUUCUGCCCCCGAGUUGAAGACUUUAGCAAAGGUGUUUCAUUUGAAGAACCCGGCUUCUCCGAAGCAGCAGCUUCUAGAAGAUUUCCUCCGGUUGGCAAGACAGCGCUCCAUCUUUGGCACCAGCCAAGCUGGGAUUGGAAGCGUGAUUCUGAAAAGGGCUAAAGGUCUGGUGGGGAAAUGCAUCAAGGUUUGCAAAGGCCCCCGGGCUGUCUUCUCCCGCACACUGCUGCUUUUUUCCCUGACGGAUCCUGUGGAGGACGAAGAAGCCGGUAGCGGUGGCCAAAGACAACUUUCCAUGGUGCUCAUGGUAAACAUGGGCCGGACAGUUUUCCCCACUUACACCGUCAACAGGAAAACUCCAAUAUUCCAGGAUCGGGAUGAUUUCAUUAGGUACGCGGCUGCUGCACAUACCUCGAAUGACGUUUGCGUGGCCAUGACCAGCGGGAACUGGGAAGAGGCGCGCCGCCUGUACGAGGUCGCGAAGGGAUCGUGGCAGGAGCUGAGAGAACACCCUUCCCUCCGGCAUCACAGAGCGCUCCCGGAAUACCUCCGGCGUUUCACCGUUGGGUGGCUGUACACGCGCAUCCUCUCGCAGGGAGUAGAGAUCUUGCAGAGGCUUCACAAGUACGAGGAGGCGGUGGAGCAGCUGCGAGAACUUUUGGCUCAAGAAGUUUACUGUGUGGACAGCCGAGGGCAGUGGUGGGAACGCCUAGCUCUGAACUUACACCAGCACUUGAAAGACCCCGAGAAGGCUGUGGCAUGCAUCCAGAAAGGCCUUCUGGAUCCCUUUCUUCGUCCGGGUCACCGGCUUUCCCUCUCUCAGCGAGUCCAGAGGAUGAAGGACACCCCAGCAUGUCAGAAAUUCAAGCAUCUUCUUUGCAACCUGCCUCUUCUUUCUGUCGACGAUGUUACCCAUGUUACCAUCAAAGGGAGAGUGUGCCCACAGAUCAGGAUGGGAAAAUCCAUGUUUAUCCUGGACAGCCAAAGGGAGGGCCCCAAACCCUUGACGAUCGUCUGCUCUGUUGAGGAACUAGCCUUGGUCCACUACAAGGAUCAGGGCUUUGAUCAAGGGAUUCACGGCGAAGGGUCCACCUUUACCACCCUCUAUGCCCUCCUGAUGUGGGAUAUCCUUUUCAUGGAUGGCGUCCCUGAUGUCUUUAGGCAUUCGUACCAGGCUUUCCCGCUGGAUCUCUACACAAGCAGCUUUUACGAGAACCGCCAGGCGGCUAUUGAGGCCAGACUGCAGUUGCUGCAUGACGCGUCGCCGGAGGAACUCCAGCAUUGGGUGGGCGAAGUGUGGCGUCUCCAGGAGGGCAAAGCGGCAGCGCUUGUCAGCUGGGACCGCUUCUCUUCUCUCCAGCAAGCCCAGAGCCUGGUCCGCUGCCUUGGAGGGCCCUUCGUGAGCGGCGUCUGCCGGCGACUCUCCCGAGAUCUGCGCCACUGCAGGGGCGGCCUCCCCGAUCUUGUCGUCUGGAGGACCAAGGGCGGCCAAUUUAAGCUGGUGGAAGUCAAAGGGCCGAACGACCGCCUUUCAUACAAGCAGAUGAUAUGGCUGGCCGAGCUGCAGAAAUUGGGCGCAUCAGUCGAAGUCUGUCACGUGGCUCCAGUUGGGUCUAAAAGUCAACGCCUGAGCUGACGGGGUUUACAGUGGUGUCUGGAAUCAAGUGUAGUAAAAUCUCUGAUAUGGACCUGGGUUUUCUUUUUCCAAGACUGCGCUCCUUUCGAAUCUUCCUUGACCUCCGUCCGAACUUUCUGUGCGUGCAGGAGAAACGUUUCAGACAAAGUUUGGGGAAAUAGAAGUGUCGGGGUUCCAGCUCAUGGAGUUUCUUUCUUGGCCUAAGGGAUUCAUUGGGCAGGUGGUUCCAAUUGUAACUCUCCCAACAGGAUGAAACCAUACUGAGUCCAAUUUUGACUCUGCCAGACUUCAGGGCAAUGCAGCAAAUAUAUUCCUAUGCAUGUAAUGCUCCUUCUCUUCCCUCCCCCCCCCAAAACAAAAAGUGACAAAAACAGUCUCGCACAAGAGAGAAGGAAGUGGGCAGGUUCAUUUUUAUUAAGCCUCAUUUACUUGCAAUUUCAUAGUCAGGGUGGGUGGGAGGUCUCCCUGUCAGUUCUGCCGUGCUCAGUCAGAGCACUGUUUAGGCACAUCAAACCUUUAGACUCUUCCAAAAGCAGAAAAAAGGGGGUUUCUCUCCCCCAGCCCCAUUGCCCUAAGAGUCACUGAGAAUUCCACUUUUCUGAUGACCGGCUUCACCUUUUCCUUAAGAAAAGGUCAAGCGUGUUUGGCUUUUAAGAUACACAAUUUUUUUUUAAGAUCAACGGCCCCAGUUGAAGGGGAAGGACCACAAAAAGCACCAGAGCUGAAAGGAGAGACCUUCUGCCCUGGUGAAAUGCACCUUCUGGAUUGCUGGUCUGUAAGAAGUAUAAUUAUAUUUCCAUGGUAAAAUACACCACAGUCACUUUCCACCGCGCAGCAGCUAAAAUCUGCUUGGCAGUAUCAAAAGCUGUGUGUGGUUUUUUUUUUUUUUUACACAGUUUAAUUACAGCAACCACCUUCAUCAGCUCAAGCAGCGCUGCUUGCUUUUAACCAACAUACAAAAAUAACCAUCUAUUUUGCACGCUUACAAAAACUUCACAAUGGAAAGUACCUACUUCGAAAAAAAAUAAAAACAAACAGGCUGCUUACGGGGGUUACGUUCACCAGCUCCGUCAAGUUGGCAGCGGAGAACGGCCAGGCUGACCACUGGGCCGUUCGUGGCCUUGGAGCAGCUGGCACUUGUUUCCCAAGUCUGCGAUGGGCAUCCAAACGUUCAGGAGAGAAGCUGCGCGGACCUUUUGGAGCUCCGUAACAACUUCUCCUCUGGGGAAGGGGGCCUUCUGCCCUGUCCAGGAUGAAGACCGAGGGGCAGCCACCCACCCACGUCAAUCAACCUAGGUUUCUCUGUAUUGCCACGUGGCACACACAGGCACUGGCAGAGCUACCACUUCACUGCCACUACGGGAUCAGUCUGGGAAAUCUGAGAGUUUGGCCCAACACAUCUGGACAAUGCCAGAGGAGGGAAGACCGGCCUAAGCCCAGAGCACAGAUGACAUUUACAGAUGCUUCAGAGGUUGCUAAACCAACAACUACCAGCAGUCCUGGUCAGCGUGGCCCAUGGGGAAAAGGGGUGCCGGGUGACAUUUAGACCAUCUGAAAGGCCACAGUUCCCCAUCUCUGAGCUACUGAGAAAAAAGGCAGAAACACUCAUAACGUCCCUUCAUUUCUGACCACCGUAUUCACUUCAAAGAGGUAUUUUCAUUUAAAGACUAAUCAAGGUUCUACGGUCUCGUUGGCUUCGGGGAUGGUGUUAACGUGGGUAAUCACAGGUCUACAUCCCUGUAGUUAAUCUCCUAUGUCUGCCGUACACGCCACCAUCGCAAAGCCAUUUCCUUCCCAUUUGAUAAGGGCGACUACUUUAAAGGCAAAGUUCUGCAACACCAUAAGGGUUUAAAAAAAAGUCACAAGUUACAAAAACGCACAAUUGAAAAAUUCCCUGUAAAAAGAGGGUCAAGGUUCAGGCAUGUAACACGUCUCAAAAGUUAAUCACCUUACCUAGUUAACUUUUGCAAAAUAUAUAUUCAUUCCACUUUGAUUAGCAAAAUUUGAUACAUCUGAAAUGCAGUUAAGACUAUAAAGCGUUAAGUAGAGAAUCCAUAGAAAAUCCCCUUAAUAAAAAGGAUUUGAUUUCUUUCCCCCCUAAGAAAAAUCCUGGAUGCAAGGAGCUCCACAGUAGGAAAAUUAACGUUUGCUCUGUUGCAGAUGAUAAGAGAAAGACUUCAACUGUGUGAUUAAUGUUUUUGAAUGAUCAGAAGAAGUCGGCUGGCAGUUGGGUGAUCAACUGUAGAAACUUGGGGCGUGGGAGGGGAGGAGGUCAAGAGAGGCUUGAUAAUGGGGCCCCCAUUCAACAAUGCGUGAUCAAUCCCCAGAUUGGCCCACCCAGGGCACCUAUUUUGUGGGGAGGGGGGUCACACAGGAUCCAAUCCUUCCUCAUCCCAAACAGCAGGACUGUGACUAUGCCCUAUGUGUGUACUGUUGAAUCAGGAUCAGCACCAGUAUCUAAGAUGCUUGAGGACCGUGGGAAGGGUGGGGUCAUCUUCCCCCAACAGAGCUGAACACAAGCCACGUUCCGGGUAUCUACGCAUUCCACAAAACAGACUAGGUUUCCGACUGAGCAGGCCUUGAAGCCAUCUCCCCACUACAGAAUUGCAAUUGUGACCCAUCUUUAAAGACACAGCAUGUCUACCUACCCAGACAAGGAGCGUGACUGGGUGUCCCUGGCAUGUCCAGAUUGCCCCAAAUCCCCUUAGCAUUCCCCUAGGCUGCACAGUACCCCAUAGAUUCUGCAAUCAGCACACCUUUGGGGCCCUAAAAGAAUUCACCCAACGUCUUGUGAAUACCUAAACCAGUGUUUCUCAACCUUGGUUGCUCUAAGCUGUGUGGAUGUCAACCCCCAGAAUUCCCCAGCCAG